AUGUUAAUUAUUCUUCUGUUAUUAUAGUUACUCAUUGUCUAUGGUAUUAAAUUUUACGAAUUCAACACCACCUUAAAACUGGGAGAUAUUAAAAGAAAUAUCUCUUUCUAAUAGUAAUAAAUUUAUAUAACCUUUAGAUAAGAAUAUUUUGGAAUUGAUGUACUUCCAAACGAAGUUGAGAAUUUUCAAUAAUUAACACCUAUAAAUUAUUAAGAAUCAAGAGCAAUAUUUUAUUUGAAAUAAAUCAUAAAUGGUUCAUAUAUUGGUUUGAAGAAUAAAAAUUAAACUAUUUAUGCUUUACAUAAAAAUUGCACAUUAGAGAUCUUUGAUUAAGGGAUUUCAACUAGUUCAUAAGAUUUUAAACCUAAUUGUUUAUAAUUUUUGAUUGAUAAAGAAUAGAGUCAUCUUGCUAUAAUGUAUUAAGAUUCUAUAAUUUUAUACAAUAUCGAAUAUGAUUAGAUUUAUAAUUUAGAGUAUAACUAUAGUGAUGCAAUUAUUGAUAUCUAAUUAAUUUAAAAGUACAUUCUAAUAUCCAAAGGAGUAUAAGGUUUAGAUAUGUUGAAUUUCUAGGGAGAAAUUAUCUUAAAUAAUUUUAUGGCCAAUGAAAAUCUUUUAUAAACAUCCCUUCAAGCAAAUAGAUUAUUAUUACUUUUUGAUUCAGGUUUUCUUAUAUUUAGUUUUAAGUAAGCACCUAAAUUAAUUAAUAAAAUAUUAGUAAAUGAAUGUGUAAGAUUUGUACAUAACAAUGAAUUAUUCAUAAUAUAAACAAAAACAAAAAUCUUAGAAUAUUUUUGGAAAAAUCUUAUAAUAAAUUAAGAAAUUAAUACAGAAUUUUAAGUAACUAGUAUUUCACUUUAUUAAUAAUAAUUAUAAUUUAUAUCAAAUGGAUAUCUCUAAUAGAAAUUAGUUGGAAUUAUUAAAGAUGAUUUCAAUAUUAGUUAAAUACAUGUAUCAAAAUACUAAACAAAUUCUACUUAAAUUGUAGGAUAUUAAGAGAAGAAUUAAUUGAUUUUAAAGUAGGAAUAAUCAUUUGAGAUUGUAUAUUGGCAUACAAUACCAGCCUUUUUAAUUUUUAAAACUGAUGAAACAGGCAUUUAGACUUGUAGAGUUAAUCUAUAUUAAAAAAAUAGUGGCAAUCCAAAUUCAACAGUGUAAACAAUUCAUUAUAAAAUCUAUAUUGAAGUUAUACAUGACUAUUUCGAUCUGUUUUAAACAAUAAUAAUAAUAUUUGUUACCUUUUUUGUACUUUUACUAUUGCUUUUUAUUAUAAGAAGAAUAUACUUAAAAUCAAAAUUGAAAGAUUAUAAUUAAUAGAAUAUAAAAGAAACCUAAUAAUCAAAUGAAGAAAAAGAUUAAGAAUAGUCUAUUGAUGAUAAUAAAAAUUAAGAUGAAGGGACAGCUCUUAAUUAAAAAAUUUGA